UCAAAUUUUAUAAUUUCAGCAGGUGGGUGCGGCACUCCCAUACCCUUUUGUAAUUCCAAGCAAUUUUCUGGAAGGGAUAAGUUUCUCCUUGUCCUCCCCCUUCUCCACCUCCGUCUACCUCCAAUGGCGGUUCCAUGUAAUCUACUUCGAGCACCCUUCACAACGCAUCCUACCUUCCCCUCUUCACAUUCUGCUCGUUCCUUCAACCCCUCAGUCCUAUCCCGCCGCAACUUUACCACUCACUCCACCGGAGCAUCUACUCCGGGAUCCCUGCGAUCGGCAGCCGGCGGCCCUAUCGAUCCCUUAGCGGAAGUGAUGAACCCAGCUCUAAGCUACGCAAACGUUUUGUUCUUUGACUCGGGCUACAACGUCCAGAUUUUUGUUGAGGAGAACGAGCCAGAGGAGGCGCUGCUACGGCGAUUUAGGCGGGAAGUGAGUAAAGCUGGCAUCAUACCCGAAUGCAAGCGGAGAAGGUUCUUUGAGAAUGCUCAGGAGGAGAAGAAAAGGAAGGCGCGGGAAGCUGGGCGCCGAAAUCGGAGGAGAAAGUAUUCGGGCCAAAGAUUCAGCUCAGCAUCACAAGAAGAAAAUAUUCCUAACAAGAAGGCCAUUGAUGACAUGGAUGAUAAUUGGGACCUGCCUGAGGGAGGCAUCCCUGGCUGAAAUCU